AUGGCGCGCAGAAAACGAUCUGCCCUCCUCUCCAGGACUGCAGCUCUGGUGCCGGCGGUCAACGCCGCGGCGCUGACGGCAUUUGCUGUCUUUUCGCCGCUCGCGUCGGCCUCUCUGACGAUUCUUCGCUCGCCCUCUCCCGAGGCCGAGUCGAAGGCGGCACCGUCAGCCGACGGGAGCGCGGCGGCCGUCGCUGGAGGGGAGGCCACAGACACGCCAAAACUCGACACCGUGACGACGUGUUUGCUUCUCAUUCCGGGGCUCGUCGGCCUGCUCUGGGCGGGGUACGAGGCUUGGAGAAUCUCCAAAGUCAAACUCGAGGGUCCGCUUGUUGGAGAUGACAGCAAACGGCUCACAGAUCCGCUCUACGUCGAGAUGUCCGGAAAUAUCCAGCAGCAGCUGCAUAUGAUGAAGAGCAUUUCGAAAUGCAUCGCCGAAGGCGCGGGAACGUUUCUGAAGCAAGAGUUCAAGUACAUGGCGGUGUACGUUGUCGUCUUCUCCGCAGUCUUAGGAGUCUUCAUCAACUUGCCAACUAUGGUUGCCUUCGUUCUUGGGGCGCUGACAUCGAUUCUCUGCGGCUUCGUGGGCAUGAAAAUUGCGGUUUACGCCAACGUGCGGACCUGUCACGAAGCGUGGAUUGACCUGGGGCGGGGCUUUCACGUGGCGCUGACAGCUGGCAGCGUCAUGGGAUUCGCGCUGGUCUCGCUUGGCGUCUUGACACUCGUUGCCCUGAUUCUAGUCUACCGCAUGCCGGCGUUCUUCGGCACCGAUCCGGAAGCUCAGAAGGCGCUCUUCGAAGCCGUUGCAGGGUAUGGCUUGGGUGGUUCCUCGAUCGCGUUAUUCGCGCGCGUCGGCGGAGGCAUUUACACCAAAGCGGCGGACGUGGGCGCGGAUUUGUCAGGGAAGAAUGCUUAUGGCAUGUCUGAAGACGAUCCCCGGAAUCCCGCGUGCAUCGCGGACAACGUCGGCGACAACGUGGGCGACGUGGCGGGCAUGGGUGCGGACUUGUUUGGGUCUUUGGCUGAGGCGAGUUGCGCAGGACUGGUGAUUGCGGGCGCGUCGGUGGCCUCAGCUGGAGCCUCCCACUCGGAGCUCGCGUUCAGCUGGGCAGGCCUGAUGUUUCCCGUCUUGAUUUCGAGUACGGGGAUCUGUUCUGGGAUCGUGACUGUGACCCUCUUGCGCGGCUGUUGCUCAGUACGGUCUUACGACGACGUUGAACGCGCGCUUAAGUGGGUCAUGUUUCUCAGCACGGCGCUCGAGACGCCCGUCUCGAUUCUGCUCGCCUACUUCUUCUUGCCGCCGGCGUUCGCCCUGGACGGCUACGAGGGCGUCGCCACCUGGUGGCAUGCGGCGGUAUGCGUGGUGAUGGGCCUCUGGGCUGGUCUGGCGAUCGGCACCGUCACUGAGUACUACACGUCGCACUCGUACUUCCCUGUGCGGGAGAUCGCCCAGACGCAGAUCGUCUCUGCAGCCACGGGCAUCAUCUACGGCUUGGCACUCGGGUACUUGUCGACUGUCGUCCCGAUUCUCUGUCUCGGCGUCGCGAUCUUGGUGUCGCACACCAUGUGCGGCAUGUACGGCAUCGCCCUCGCUGCGCUCGGCAUGCUCUCCACGCUCACCAUGGGUCUCAUGAUUGACGGAUACGGCCCCAUCAGCGACAACGCCGGCGGAAUCGCGGAAAUGGCGGGUCUCGGCGCAGACGUCCGCAGCCGCACAGACGCCCUCGAUGCCGCUGGAAACACCACAGCCGCCGUGGGAAAGGGCUACGCCAUCGGCUCUGCGGCACUGGUGUCUCUCGCGCUCUUUGGCGCGUUCACCGUGCGAGCGAAGAUCACAGCAGUCGACGUCCUCGACCCAUGGACCUUCACAGGCCUGUUGAUUGGCGCCAUGAUGCCUUACGCCUUCAGCGCCAUGACGAUGAAGAGCGUAGGCAUCGCCGCGAAUGAUAUGGUUCAGGAGUGCCUCAGGCAGUUUCCGCACAUCAUCGAGGGCACCAUGGAGCCGCAGUAUACGCGGUGCGUCGCCAUCUCCACGCGCGCCUCUCUUCACGAGAUGGUUGCCCCUGGCGCGCUGGUCAUCUGCACUCCGAUCGCUGCCGGGAUGGCCUUUGGAAAAAACUGCACGGCUGGCUUGCUGGCGGGGGCUCUCGUCUCCGGCAUUCUGCUGGCCAUUUCGGCGUCAAACUCGGGAGGCGCGUGGGACAACUCAAAAAAAUACAUUGAGUCUGGAGCGCUAGGACCCGACCACUCAAAGGGAUCCGAGGCCCACAAGAACGCAGUCACUGGCGACACAGUUGGCGACCCGCUCAAGGACACUUCCGGGCCGUCGCUCAACAUUUUGAUCAAGCUCUCAGCCAUAAUUUCCCUCGUCUUUGGUUCCUUUAUCGCCGACAACUUCUCAAAUGCUCAUGGAGGACCCGUUUGGAUCCCCGUGCAGUAA